UCUUUACGGAAUCACAGCCUAAAGCCAGCCGAGAUAUUCGUGGGCUGUAAAGAUGGGGAGUUCAGGAGGUACCAGGGUGCAAGAACCAAAACCGACUUCAUUAAUUUCAUCAACGACCAGGAGUGGAAAUCUAUCGAACCAGUGUCCUCGUGGUUUGGCCCUUCCUCUUUCCUGAUGAGCAGCAUGUCAGCUCUGUUCCAGCUGUCCAUGUGGAUCAGGCAUGGCCAUGGUUAUUUAACAGAAAAUCUUGGAAUACCGGUCUGGGGCUCCUAUGCUAUUUUUGGGUUGGCAACUCUGUUCUCAGGACUGAUACUGGGACUGAUGAUGGUGUUCCUGGCUGACUGUAUCUGCCCCUCCAAAAGGCACAGAGCAGCACAGUACCCUCAGCCAAGAAAGCUGUCUCCAGAGGCGGGUGAGCUGCUGAAAAAGCUGGAUGAGGGGCAAGAAGCAGACGAGGAAGACAACUCAGACGAUGAAACGGAGGGUAAGGAGGUGCCCAACAGAGACUCGUCCCCGAGGGCCGUGAGGCAGCGCCUGGCGAAAGCGGCCGCUCCGCUGGAUCAAUCGUAGCUGGAUUUGGGAGCAGGAUUAGUGUUUGAGUCAUCAGCUCAAAGGGAGAUAAACGUCAAAUCCUUCAGCUUGGAAGAGAAAAAUGACUCCUGUCUUGGUAAUGUUGGAUGCGCUUCAUGAAGUCAGGAAAAAAAAAAAAAAAAGAAAAAAAAAAUAGAGGCAUCUUUGGCGUCAGGUAUUUAAAACUUGCUGUUGCAAACGGCUGGAACUUCUCCUGCCUGUGUGCAAGAAAUCAUUGGUGUGGCUCCUGGAAUGACUUGUUUUCCAGGGAUUAUUUUCACCAGAAUGUAAACCGGUGGACUUGUUGCACGAGGGGAACAUUAGCAAGGAAAAUGCACUAACCUGUUGGCUGUCAAGGUGUUCCAAAAAGGGUUCUCAGUCUAAAUCCUACCUAGUUGUGCUCCGAAGAAAUGCUGAGGGGGGAAAGGUUCCUUCACUUGUGGGCUUUUUAUGUGACCAAAACUGCUUUUUGCUACGACAAUGAGAGCUACAACCUCCCCCCCACCCCAGGUUUUUGUCUUACAGGAGAUGGUGGCACAAGCACUCUGCAGCAGGAUUCUCUGGCUGACCAGAAACCUGCUAUUGGCACCAUUUUUUCCUUUUAGAAAAGGCUGUAGAAAACCAGGUGAGCUUCUUGGCAAAGGAGUUCUCUUGAAAAAGACAAAAAAGAAAAAAAAAAAAUUACAAAUAAUAGCACCAUGAAAUCUUGUUUGUGACUCCAGGUGGGAAUAGUUUACAUGCAGGGUCCUCUGUGCAAAUGCUCUCCACUCUGCCUGCUGGAUGGCAGUAGGACUCUGGCUCCUUUUUAAAUACAUCAUCAGUGAUUUCUACUUCAUCAGAUUUUACUGCAAAAUCCAGGCAGGCUGUACCUGGCCUGAAGUUGAAAUAACAGCUUCCUAAUUUCUUCUACAAAACCUUUUUUUUUUUCCCUUCCUGUUUUCACAAAACCAUUCUUUUUUUUUUUUUGGAACAAUAUACUUCUAUUUUUUCCUCUU